AUGUUUAGUGAAAAACCAUUUUCGUGUCCAAUUUGUCUUCGUCCAUUUUCACAAAGUUCAUCACUGGUAACGCAUAAACGAACUCAUACAGGUGAACGACCCUAUUCUUGUUCACACUGUGAUAAAGCAUUUACCGAUAGUUCAACAUUAACCAAACAUCUUCGAACCCAUACGGGUCAAAAACCGUACAACUGUCAACUGUGUUUGAUGCGUUUUACUCAGUCCGGUAAUCUGCAUCGUCAUAUGAAAACGCAUCGUGCUGAACGAACAACUUAA